AAGCCAGAGAACGUAGAUUUAUAUACGUUCUCUGAAGCUGCCCACAGAAAUCGUAAGUUUUCCUUCCACUGCUGGUUGCAGUAAAAUAAAAUCUCUUUGUUUUCAUAAAAAUUAUUUUAAACAAUUAUGAAUACAUCACCAUCGAAUCAAUAAAAAAAUGUCAAUGUUUAUGUGAAGUGUAAUUUAUGUGGUUGAACUAAAAAAAACAGCGAAUCAAUGCUGCUGCGUCAAGCUUCAAUUAUGAAAGUAUAGCCAAAAAUUUAACACCGCAAAUAAAGAGAAUGUAUCAAUUUUGAAGGCCACAAGUAUAUAAAAGAUGAAAAUGGAUGCGCUUUGCAAUGAGAUUGGCAUAAACAUACAGCAUUUGUGUGAAACAGCAGUGACUGGGCGUUAUCAGUUGAUUUGCGAUAAACAAUGGCUGCAGACAUUAGAACAACGUCGUAAGAUAGCGCCAUUUAAUAUAUGGCCAAAAUUAGAUAGGCGUGCACAUCCGAAUGAUCCUUUAGAUCAUCCAUGGACGCGAAUUUUAUUACAAUCUUAUCCGAAGAAACCUAAUGUUAAAGUUUUUCCACUGCAAUGGCAAACUAGCGAUAGGGUUGUGGAUGUUGUCGGCAAUAGUGAAAGCGAUAAUCCGCUCACUUACUCACAGGCAUUAGCCUAUGUGACUAGCACAAAUUUUAAGAACUUGUGGGAAGCUGCAUACAAACGUUAUCCUGGUGCUAACGUCAAGUCUGCUAAAUCUACAAACACAGGCAGAGUAGUAAGUCCGUCUACGGCAUUCAGUUUAACACCUUACGACGUAGUAUUAAGGGAACUGAUACAACGUGUCUACAAUUGUCCGGUUAUACAUUGUCAGUUGGACAGGUUGGUUGAUGAGAAAACCGGAAAGAAUGGUAGCUACAUGUUUUCUGAAGAUUUAUCAGGUCCUGAAUGUCAUGCAAAUAUAAUGCCCGCAAUUGUUGCAGUGGAAACUUCGACUCACUUCUGCGUACUAUUUUAUCCACCAGCUAUUGUAACAAGCCUUUACGAUUGCAUUACUUACUCUCCAUCAAUAUUGGGUAAAUCAUAUAACAAGGCACUCUUUAUCAUCUAUCAAAUUCUACAGCUUUCGAAGGCUUUGCAAGCGUCUGGUCUAUUCUUGGGUGAUAUUGGUUUGCAUGACAUAAUGGUACGUGAAAAUCUCUGGAUACAAGUAGUACCACGCUUAGAGUCGUGCAUACUGCGACCGAACAUUGUACAGCACGUCGCCACAUCACCCAGUGAAACGGCACAUGGUGUUGAGGGCGAACCUUCUGUAGCUUUGGAAGAAAAUGAAAAUGAAAGCUUUGUGUGCGGUGGAAAUGAUGAUGAUGGUGAUGAUGAUACCGUAGAUAAUUCCAGUAAUACUAAAUUUGAUCUACAAUUCGCUUACGACUUAGAUCAAUUUACGCUGCGUGAAUAUUGCGAAAUGUGGUGCAAUGGUCAACUCUCAAAUUAUGACUACCUGACGAUAUUGAAUAACGCUGCUGGUCGUAGUCUUAAUAAUCCGGCCUACCAUCACAUAAUGCCAUGGGUAACUGAUUUUACCGCACGUAAUGGUUUGAAUUGGCGUGAUUUAACUAAAAGUAAAUAUCGCCUCAACAAAGGUGAUGUACAUCUGGAUUUAAUGUUUUCACAUGCUACACAACCGGGAGGAAAUGGUAUUGGGAGUACUGCCAGUGUAGGACUAAGCGCUCAGGCACCACAUCAUGUAUCGGACUUUCUCUCGGAAAUCACGUAUUUUGUUUAUAUGGCACGUCGUACACCGCAAGAACUGCUUUGUCAGCAUGUGCGUCCGAUUUGGGUGCCUGCGGAAUAUCCUGUAUCUAUACAACGUUUACAGCAAUGGACACCGGAUGAAUGCAUACCGGAAUUCUACUCGGAUCCGAUGAUAUUCAAGAGCAUACAUGAAGAUUUACCCGACUUGGAAUUGCCUGCGUGGGCUUCAUGUCCGGAAGAUUUCAUUGCAAAGCAUAGAGAGGCCCUUGAAUCACAAUAUGUCAGUGAAAGACUACAAUACUGGAUUGAUCUUAACUUUGGCUAUAAAUUAUCCGGCAAAGCAGCUGUCAAGUCCAAGAAUGUCUGCUUGAGUUUGGUGGAUCAACAUAAGGAACUCUGCCAGCGCGGUAUUGUCCAGCUCUUUACCACACCACAUCCUGCCAAACGUUUUCCAUCACCUUGGUUUAAUAAGACGCCACCACGUCUCAACCAAUUACAUGCUGCACCACGUUCACCACUCUCCGCCAACUCUACGCUACGUGCUAACGAUUCUAGACGUCUUGCCAAGAGCACCGAGAAUCUCAACACCAGUGAAGCCACAAAUGUUUCGCCAACAGAACUCACUGCUGCAACCACUUCCAUGCGUCGCAAUGGUGGCUCAUCAUCAUCACCGCGCAUGUCCUUACGCGCAAAUAAUGCUACUGGAGAAAUGACAUCUAGUUCAAACUUUUAUCCCAGCACCAACUUUAUUGAUUUGCCAAAGGAUUACAAUGCAUGUGCAUUACUGCAAUCUCUCGAGGCCAUGGAAACAUUUUUCGCACGCACAUUUCCAAAACAAAAGCCAGCCACCAACACUUUGGAAAAAAUCAUAAAUAGUGAUCUGCUAUUUGAUGCACAUUCCUCAGAGAACUCGUUUACGAAUCGUCUCUUUCUGGAUGAUAGUCCCAAUCUCGCAGCACAACUACACAAUAAGCAAAAGCCGAAAAGUCUUCUAGCGCCAAGCCCAAAUUAUCUUAAGAAACGUUCAAUUAAGCAAAUUUACACGGAACAUCGUGAACAUGAAUUGCAAGUGCUUGGUUGUCUGAUUGUGGAGCUUUUCGCUAUGCAGCGCCUGCGCGCAAUGUUCAUGAACGGCGCGAAUGCAUGCAUGGAAGAACGUCUGCAAGCUUGUCGCACUGUCUUUAGUAUUUAUUGGCAGGAUAUACCAAAGUGCUUGCGCUAUAUAGUCGGCUUACUAUUGCAGCCACACAGCACCGAUGUCGUUACCGAGAAGGGUUUGCCACCCCCAACAGCAAGUCAAUUACUCGAACCUAUUUUCGCUAACCAAUUGAUACCCUUCCCCUCCACUUUCUAUCCAACCUAUGCGCUCAUACGUUCCCUGCACCAAUUCGACUUUAUUGCCUCACUAUUGGAACUUUGCACGCAUUUCAAUUGCAAUGGUCGUGAGUGUGCCAAAUAUACCGAUAUGGAUCGUCAUCGUGUGCUCUUCGAACGUAAAAUAGCAGAAUGCAAGGUAAUGUCAUGUUGCGCUUUCAUCGGCCGUUUGUUGGAACCCAUUGCUUAUGAGCAAUUUUCACCCGUCGAAUUGUUGCUGCCGCACAUUAUUGAUCUGCUGUUGGAUGAGCAGACAUCGAUAUUAACCGCAUGGAAUCUCUUUGAUUCUUUCGCUCAAGCGCUCGGCAUUGUCAAUACACAAAAGUACCUGUUAUUGCCCAUCAUGAAGUUGUACGAUGUCGAGAGUUUUGAUCGCGGCAUGAUUUCGGUGCGUACACGAAGUGCGGACGCGAAUGGCGCAGCGGGUGGGCAAGUGCGCUUUUCCACCAGCAGUUCCUUUAAGUCUCGAAAAUCAGUUAAGCUUUAUCAUCACAGCUUCCUACUGCAUUUGAUUGUACGCUUCGGUUUGAAAUGCUUUCUGCACAAUUUUAUCGCACCGCUCAUUGAAGCUGUUGGUGGCUAUAAAGAGCCAGAAGAUGGCAAUGGAUUCCAUUAUCAUAGCUCAACGAAUGGUGGUGGCGGUGGUAGCCGACGAACGAGUCGGAAUCUAAAUUACGCCUCCACCACUGAGGAUGAUAUUUCAAUGACGCUGAUGUCUACAGAGGGACCGGAGCAAGAUGACGCAACGCUGCAUCUUAAAAUACCAGCCACAAGCUCAACGAAACAGGAAGUCGAAGACGUAUUCAGCUUUGAUGAUGACGCCAACUCGGAUCAUAUCUCAAACUCAGGUACCAGUGAAAAUAAAUCAUUAGACUCCUUUGACAUGCGUCCUGCACCGGCCGAAGAAGCCAAAGAGGACUUCAACCAAGGUGACACGGCAUCUGGGAAACUGGCAAUUUCAGAGAUAUUCUAUGGUUCGAAAAUCUCCAACACGUCACUGGAAGAUGCCGACAAAGUUUCCUUAAACAGUCAGGGAUUGAACGACUCGCCCACCGCACAAAUUGGUCCAAAAUCACCAACAAUUGAAAUACCUGCCAGCGCCAUUAGGCGCAGCUAUCAAUUAAAUACCAUCGACUGUGAUAUUGGUUCACGCAAAAGUAUUGAUUCAUUCGAAAUUAUCACGCAAGCUGUGGAAGAGGAGCAAAAACAAUUGAAAAAACAACAAAUUGCAACCGAUAAAAUGAAACAGGGGGUAGAAAAUCAAAAUGCUGCUAAGGAAGAAGAGGCGGAGGAGGAUAGCGAAGCGCAGUCGCAAGUUGCCUUAGACUCGCUGCAAGCUUCCGUUAUUUCGAAAAUGUCCGAAGCAAAAGCAGCACAAAACAAUCGCAUCUCAGAGAUGAGUGCUGGCAGCCUGAUGUGGUUGGCACACCGUUUGGGUCCGUCUCUUACCUCACGUCAUAUAACACGUAAUUUGCUUAAAAUGCUGUCUUUGUGUUAUGUGGGACAAGAGAAUCUACUGCCCGAAACCAACGAACUGACUGAAUUGGGUAAUCUGAAUUAUUUUUCAAUUGCCGAUGCGCAUGUUGUGGGUGAUCGAAGUGCAGCCCGCGUUCUGGAGUGCCUAAUGUCUAUAGCGGCAUUGUUCGGCGAGGAGGUCAUACUCGUACAAUAUUUUCCACAUAUAAGUGAAUUGAUUGCUUUGGGCUCGAAACGCAUAACAGCUAGUCUGGAAGGCGCUAUUAUAAGCACGCUACAAUUGCUUAAAUACUUGGUGCCAUGUCUGUUGGAUGCCACAUUAAUGGAAAACUUAAAGGAAACUAUACUCAAAAAUAUACUACUGCCAAUAGUACGCAUACUUGGCUCGACACGUCUCCUCAUGCCCAGUGGCUACUUGGGUCGCUCAGUGUUGGCACGCAAAUGGUUGGAUGCAGUUUAUACGCUCUGUGUACGUAUCGGUCCUGAUAUGUCUAAAGAGCAUUUAUGCAUACCAACGCUACGUCCAUUUUUCCUCAUCUUCGAUAAGGCUUUCAGCAUAAGAGAACAAUUCGAGAAUCCCGCAAAUAGUCAACUUUCCAUAUCGCCACCAAUAAGCUAUGCAGAAAAUGACGAUCCCGCAGUCAACUGUAGACGUGAACGUGAAGAGAUACGCGAUGUAUUUAGUCCAGCUCUUGCACAUAUUUCAUACUUAUCCUUCUUACGUUUCCUGGGCGAGGCAAUUAUGCAACGCACUAUCUGUAAUUUGGAAUUUAUCCUUACACUCUGUCAUGAAUUUGAGCAGCCCGAUUAUAAAUCACUACAUAUAGUAGCUGGCAAGUCGAGCACUGAUGCGGUUGACAGUCCAUCGAAGAGUAGAGAAAAUUUAGCCGAACCCGAGUUAUCGGUCGCAAAUAGUUUUGGCACAAAUAUUGUUGGUAAUCGCAUUGAGGUGGUCAGCGCUGGCGCUGGUAAUCAGUCGCAGCAAGAAGUUGGUCCCAUGGAGGUUUUAGAUAUGGUGGCCUAUAAAUUUGAUCAAAUACCAACUGUACGUCAUUUGAAGGGGAAUUGGCUGGCUUAUUGGCGGCACGAAAUCACUCGCUCCGAUAAGGAUACCAUGUUGAAUUUGAAACAAAUCAAAUUACAAUCGUUUGUGGGUCACACAAAUUCGGUGCGUUCGAUUUUGGCAUUAGACAAUGAAAACAGUUUCAUAUCGGCCUCCAAGGAUAAAACCGUUAAACUUUGGUCACUGCGCAGCGAAGGCGACGGACGCAAAACAACCUCCUGUCAAUUUACCUACACAAAACACAAAAAAUCCAUACACUCACUCGCGUUCCUCGAGGCCACACGUUAUGUGGUAUCAUGCGAUUCGGGUGUGCACGUUUGGGAUCCAUUCAUCGGACGACCGGUAAUUGAGCUGGAUGCGCCCAAACACAAUCCCAUAACCGUAGUGAAAGCGCUACCCUCACCAAGUCCACUCAUCCUGGCGGGCACAGCAGAGUCCUCGGUGAAAAUAAUCGAUACACGUUGCAUGCAAUAUGUGAAUGAGUGGCGUGUGAGUAAUGCUGCGACACAAAGUAAUGCCACAGUGCGUUGUCUCACGGUCGCACCAUCGGGUAAUUGGCUCGCCGUGGGUCUCUCCUCGGGUAGUAUUGUUAUGCUGGAUACACGUACGGGUUGCAUUUUGAAUGCUUGGCGGCCGAUGGAGUGUGAUUUGUUGCAAUUAGCUGCGCCUAAUGAUCAGCAACUGAUCAGUUCAGCGUUGGAUCACAGUUUGGCGGUAUGGCAUGCAGCGGAUGGCAUAUUACAUUAUCAGUUGAAACCACCCGCGGAGCCUGCGCACUUUCUUCAAACCAUCGACACAGAGCUAAUUUACGCGACCACCGGUAAUCGUGUCGGCAUCUAUGCGGACAUCAGCAGUUCACAUGCCACACACACAGUGACGAAAUUGCGCCCAGAAACAUUCCUUGGUGUGCUCACCUCAUUGGCCGUUCUGCCAUUGAAUCGUACAUUUUUAGCCGGCAAUGAAAGUGGAAAUAUUUCGCUUUUAUGUUAAUUCAUUUAGUUCUUCUGCUUUUGCACUCAAAAGCAUUAAGGAAAAAAGUUUUCAAUGCGUGGCAUUGGCUGAAGUUUGCAGGUGAAAAACAAGCAAAAAAAAA